AUUGAUUUCCUUUUAUAACAAAAAGUGGUCACUUUAUCUCUAUUAAACCAUUGGCUUCCCUUUGCUCAAAAUUCAAACACAAACUCAGAAAUGAGUGAUUCAAAACCUCAUGCUGUGUUAAUCCCAUCUCCAGUUCAAGGCCAUAUCAAUCCAUUGUUGAAACUAGCUAAACUUCUUCACCUUCGAGGAUUUCACAUAACCUUUGUAAACACUGAAUACAAUCACAAACGGUUGCUUAAGUCAAGAGCUCCAAAUGCCUUUGAUGAUUUAACUGAUUUUAGCUUUGAGACUAUUCCAGAUGGUUUAACUCCAACGGAUGGUGAUGGUGAUGUUAGUCAAGACAUUUACGCUCUUUGUAAAUCAAUCAGAAAGAACUUCCUACAACCUUUCCGCGAACUUCUUGCUAGACUUAAUGACUCUGCAACAUCUGGUCUUAUCCCUCCAGUCACUUGUAUAGUUUCUGAUAUUACCAUGUCCUUUACUAUACAAGCUGCUGAAGAACUUUCACUCCCACUUGUUUUCUUUAAUCCAGCCAGUGCAUGUAUGUUUUUGACUUGUAUUCAUUUUAGUACAUUGUUGGAUAAAGGUCUCAUACCACUAAAGGAUAAGAGUUAUCUGACAAACGGAUAUUUGGACACUAAAGUGGACUGUAUUCCAGGAUUGGAGAACUUUCGACUAAAGGAUUUGCCUGACUUUAUAAGGAUUACUGAUCCAAAUGAUUCGAUCAUAGAAUUUAUCAUUGAAGGCGCAGGAACGGCUCACAAAGACUCUGCUUUUAUUUUUAAUACUUCUGAUGAACUUGAGAAGGAUGUAAUAAAUGUUCUCUCCACUAAGUUCCCUUCUAUUUAUGCCAUUGGCCCUUUAUCAUCAUUUUUAAAUCAAAGUCCACAAAACCACUUAGCAUCUUUAAGUACAAAUCUUUGGAAAGAGGAUACCAAGUGUCUUGAUUGGCUUGAAUCAAAGGAACCGAGGUCCGUUGUUUAUGUGAAUUUUGGGAGCACAACAGUUAUGACUACAGAAAAACUAUUAGAGUUUGCUUGGGGUUUGGCCAAUAGCAAGCAACAUUUUUUAUGGAUCAUUAGACCUGAUCUUGUCAUUGGUGGUUCCUUGGUUUUGUCAUCUGAGUUUAAGAAUGAAAUUUCAGAUAGAGGCCUAAUCGCGGGUUGGUGCCCGCAAGAGCAAGUAUUGAACCACCCUUCAAUUGGUGGAUUCUUGACUCACUGUGGAUGGAACUCAACCACUGAAAGCAUAUGUGCUGGAGUGCCAAUGUUGUGUUGGCCAUUCAUUGCUGAUCAGCCAACAAACUGUAGAAUUAUUUGCAAUGAAUGGGAGAUUGGGAUGGAAGUUGACACCAAUGUGAAGAGAGAGGAGGUGGAGAAGUUGGUCAAUGAAUUGAUGGUGGGAGAGAAUGGAAAGAAGAUGAGGCAAAAGGCAAUCGAGUUGAAGAAGAAGGCGGAGGAGGACACGAGACCUGGAGGUUGUUCAUACAUAAACUUGGAAAAAGUGAUUAAGGAGGUUUUGCUUAAAUAAAAUCAAACCUAUAAGUGAAUUUUUUAUGCAAUGUAGUAUUAUAUUGAUCCAUUGAUAUUCUCCUACUGAAUUUAAGGGAUGAUGCUAUUGUAUUGUAUAACAAAUAUAUUGAUGCUAAUAAAUUAAGAGUUCAUGAUGAUGGAAUUGAACAUAUCUUGUGCAAGAAUUCUUAAACUAAUGGAUUGAAUUGGAUAA